GCUCGUUCACUGAAAGUCAGUCCCCAACAGCCUGGACCCUUGGGUCCAGUUCCACAGCCACCAAAGACCAAGCUCCCCUCAACUUCCUGUGUCCCAGAUCCUACAAAGCAGGCAGAAGAAAUCUUGAAUGCCAUCCUGCCCCCAAGGGAGUGGGUUGAAGACACACAGCUAUGGAUCCAGCAGGUGUCCAGCACUCCCAGCACCAGGAUGGAUGUGGUGCACCUCCAGGAGCAGCUGGAUCUGAAGCUGCAGCAGCGGCAGGCCAGAGAGACAGGCAUCUGCCCUGUCCGCAGGGAGCUCUACUCGCAGUGUUUUGAUGAGCUGAUCAGGGAGGUGACCAUCAACUGUGCGGAGAGGGGACUGCUGCUACUGCGAGUCCGGGACGAGAUCCGCAUGACCAUUGCUGCCUACCAGACUUUGUACGAGAGCAGCGUGGCGUUUGGCAUGAGGAAGGCACUGCAGGCCGAACAGGGGAAGUCAGACAUGGAGAAGAAAAUUGCAGAACUGGAGACAGAAAAGAGAGAUUUGGAGAGGCAAGUGAAUGAGCAGAAGGCAAAAUGUGAGGCCACUGAGAAGCGGGAGAGUGAGAGGCGACAGGUGGAGGAGAAGAAGCACAAUGAGGAGAUCCAGUUCCUGAAGCGGACGAAUCAGCAGCUGAAGGCCCAACUGGAAGGCAUUAUUGCACCAAGGAAGUGAUAAUUUCCAUAUUGGUCUCAGCAAGCACUACUACCCCAUCAUAAGCCUUUUGUAAUAAAAGCUAGUUUCCCAAGUGAACAAGCCAUACCCCUCCCCUGAUCAUCACCUACACAUUUGUCAGAAGUCACACUAUUGCCCCAGUGUCACGUAAGGUCUGACAGCCAGGCUGCUGGUUGGGCAAGGGAAGGUGGUGUAACGUAGCCCCGAUUGUCUCAGUAUGUGGCUUACUAGCCAACCUUGGGAUUUGCCAACUCAAAUAGUACGGCUUAGAAAGCG